GUAGUCUGAGCGCCGAGGCCAGUAGCAACUCGGUGGGCAUCACGAAGCUUCACUCAUAAGUUCACCGUCAUCGAGCAGCGUGUUUUCAGUAUGUUUUCAGGACGUUUUCAGAUCGAUCACUCGAGGCACCUCAUUCAUUCCAUCUGAUGAGCCCGUUCCCAUGCGAUCUCCAUUUCUGUUCUUACCUCUGUUCAUUCCUCUUUCACAGCUAGCUCCGACAUCUCUGGGCUUGUCCAAAUUCGGCCGCACCCCCGAAAUCCAAUCUGUCAGGGCGCAAGGCAAGGCAUUCAAAAUCAUCAUUGCCGGGGGCGGUAUUGCCGGCCUCGCAUUGGCAGCCAUCCUCGAGAAAUUCGGCAUUGACUAUGUCUCGCUUGAACCACAUGCAAAUAUCGCUCCUGACGUUAGCGCAAGUAUGGGCCUCUGUCCAAACGGUCUGCGCAUUUUUGACCAGAUCGGAUGCUAUCAAGACAUCAAGGCAUUGCCUGAGUCCCAGCGACAUGCACAUUGCUGAUGAAUGGCAAAACGAAAAACGAUUCAGAAUCGACAGAUGUCAUGCCUCACCUCGAACAGAGGCUGGGCCAUCGGACCGUUUCCCAGGUCAAGCUCGCAGGUCAAGCUCGUUCCCGGCGGCGUCAAGGUUCUCACCAACGACGGCUACAUUUUCAAAGAUGCUAUAUCCGGCCCUGACAGCCUGCUGUACUGGUUCUUCUUCAACCGACUGCCCGAGACGAAGUAUGGCAAGUCCAUCCCGAAGGAUAUGAAAGAGGAUGAGGCCCUGUUCAUCAAGGCCAACGCUCACUUGAGCACCGCCACAUCACCCGGGAAUAUCAUUCGACCAGAUGUCAUGGAGAAAUGGCACUUCCGCCGCGUCUUUUUCCUAGGCGGCGCCGCCCACAAACCAAAUCCUAUCGGCGUGCAGGGAGGCAAUAACGCCAUCGAGUCCGCUGCGUCUCUCGUCAACAUGCUACGAGAGAAGCGUGACAGCCGAGGCGGCAGCUUGGACAAUAUAUCGGACAAGGAGAUCGAGGAAUUCUUCCCGCGGGUUUGGAGCAUCCGCCACGAGCGAGCCAAGACCUUUGUGAAGAGAGCCCACCAGACGCUGUCACCGAUGGCCGAAGAGAAGGCCCUGCUGUCAAAGAUUCUGAUGUGUCUUGGUAGCCUUGACGGGCUGGCUGCUGACAUCGACAGGAUGGUCACGAUUUACAGGCCUGCUGGGUGGGAUCGACAAGCUUCCCAUUCCAAACCGUCCUAGGGGUCCCUUACGAUGACGAGCUCCCAGCCAGGUCCAUCCACUCCAAGGCGAACUACCUACCCAGGGGGCAGGCCUUCCCUACCC